AUGUCUGCUCAACUGCCUGAUGCCAAAGGCUCCGAUGUGGAGCUCACGCAGCCAACACACGAAGAAGCCAUACAACAGACCAGACUCAACAGCACUGAAUGGAAAGGCGCUCUAUCUCUCGACGCAUACCUUGGUAGAGAGGAGCACCUCGGCAAGCAAAAAUUAAUCCGCGACGGCGGUCUCACCUCUUGGGCAUUGACGACAAAGGAAGGCAGCCCUCGUGCCGUCCUCUCGAGCUGUGAGACCAUUCGCAAGAAAGCUCUUGUUGUCCAGAACGGCCAUAUCAAGGAAGUAAUCUGUCAUGGUGUGGCUAGUGUUUUCUGUCCUCCAGAGUACCGUGGUAAGGGCUAUGCCGGAAGGAUGAUCAGAGACUUGGGAGAGAAGCUGCACAACUGGCAAACAGAGGGGCAUGAUUGCUUGUUUAGUGUACUGUAUUCGGACAUUGGCAAGGUAAGAUGGAUGAGCGAUUCUGUUGUAACUGUUCCUAUGCUCACGUCGAUAGNNCAAUUCUAUGCCGCACAUCAAUGGAAGCCAUUUCCGUCCGCUCACGUCUCGCUUCCUCCAUCAGCCCUGCAACACGAACCUCUGCCAGAAGCGAAGCUUCUACAUGCCGGCGAUCUGGCGGAGCUCUGCGAUACUGACCUAAAGUUGGUGCACAAGAAGCUAGCCAGUGUAGCAUCCUCAGGCAAGACGAUUGCUUCAAUCAUACCCGAUGUCGAGACUNUUUCAUGGCACCAUGCUCGUGAGGAAUUCGUUGCAAAUGAGCUGUACGGCAAGGCUCCCGAAGUCAAGGGAGCUAUCGUCGGCAGCGAGAAAGGCAGGCGAGUAUGGUGUGUAUGGAUGCGCACAUGGUACAACAGCGACCCUCAAAACACCAAAGACAACACACUGAACAUCCUUCGACUCGUGGUGGAGGACCCAGAGUACACUGAAGUGUCUGCAGCGACAGAUGAAAGUGUGGAGAAGGCCAAGGGUACUUACGUGACUGCAGCCAUCGCAUCACUGUUGGCUGCAGCCCAGGCGGACGCCAGCAAGUGGCACAUGGGCUCGGUUGACAUUUGGAACCCUACGGCUUCAGUGCUGGCGGCUGCAAAGCAGCUGGACCCCGCAGCACAAGUCAUUCACCGCGAGAAAGAUAGUAUUGCAAGCUUGAGAUGGUAUGGAGAAGGAUCGGCGGACAAUGUCGAGUGGCUUGAUAACGAGAAAUAUGCUUGGUGCUGA